AUGCCCCAGAGGAUGCACCCCCUUGCCGUGGCGUUUGACCUGGUCUCUCUCCCCACAGAGCUCACCGGGCUCCGGCAGCGUGUCACCUUUCUGGAUAAGGAGCUCGCCAAGGCUCAGAAGGCUCUGGGGAAAGCAAGAAGGCUCAGGAGGUGGAGGCCCCUGCUGAGCGAGAACGAGAUGCUCCAGAGCAAACUGCACAGCCAGGAGGAGGAUUUCCGGCUGCAGAACAGCGCGCUGGUCCGGGAGCUGUCCAAGCUGUGCUCCCAGAUCGAACAGCUGGAGACCGACAAUAAAAGGAUGCAGGGAGGAGGCCCAGUGCCGGACGAGCCUCCGCCCCCUGGGCCCCCGCCCGGCGAGUUCGCGCUCCAGGCCGAGAACAAGGCGCUGCAAAAGAAUGUGGCAGCCCUGCAGGAGCGCUUCGAGAAGGAGGUGGCCCAGCAGGCCGAGGGGCAGGGGGACGCCCCCCAAGCUCAGGGCCCCGCCGGAGAGGCCAUGGCCGGGCCCACGCCGGGCGCCAGCCCCUGCCCCCCCCUGCCCUCGGAGCUGGCGCUGAAGUGGGAGACGGCGCGGGAGGAGACGAGGCUGCUGCGGGAGCAGCUGCAGAGCCUGGAGGUGGCCAAGCAGGUGGAGAUCUCCCGGCUUCAGGACGAGCUGAAUAAGCUCGCUGAGAAACUGAAGAAAAAGCAAGAGAGUUUCCGGCGGCUGCAGGCGGAGAAGGAAGCCCUCUACAACGACAGCAGGACCAAGCUGGCGGAGGUCCAGCAGAGGAGAGACGAGGAGCUGAAAUCGCUGCAGCUUCGCAACCAGAAACUGCACCAGGAGCUGCAGGCAGCCGCGCAGGUGGCCUGCCAGAGCGCAGAGAGCCAGGAGCAAGUAGAGACGAUUCUCUCUGAGAACGAUGCCCUGAGAACCAAUCUAGCCGCACUAGAGCAGAUCCAGACGUCGAAGACCCAGGAGCUGAAUCUGCUGCGGGAGCAGAGCGCGGCGCUCGGCCUGGAGCUGCAGGAGAGGGAGAGAGAGAAGGAGGCGCUGGCUGGGCAGCGGGACGACCUAAACACCCAGCUACAGGAAUCCGUCAGAGCCAACAGCCGCCUCCUAGAGCAGCUGCAGGAGCUGGGCCAGGAGAAGGAGAAGCUGCUGCUGGAACUAGAAGAGGCCAGGAAGAGCGCAGACAAGCGGAAGUCCAUGUUGGACGCGAUGGCGGUGGAGACGCAGCAGGAGAAGGGGCGGCACCAGGAGGCGCUGGGGGCGCUGCGGGUGCAGCAGGAGAAGGAGGUGCUGGGCGUCCGGGCGCGCUACGAGCGGGAGCUGCGCGAGCUGCACGAGGAGAAGAAACGCCACGAGGAGGAGCUGCGGGGGCAGCUCAAGGAGGAGAAGGCCCGGAGCCGGGAGCUGGAGAGCUCGCGGCAGACGGUGGAGGAGCUGCGCCUGCAAAUCCAGUCCAUGGACGGGGCCAAAGGCUGGUUCGAGCGGCGGCUCAAGGAAGCGGAGGAGCUGAUCGAAAAGCACCAGCGGGACCACGAAGAGGCGCUUCGAGUGUGCAAGGAGCAGCACGGGGCCGAGUUGAAGCUGAAGGCCCAAGAGGUGGAAGCUGCCAGGGAGCAGCUGCGGGUGGCCGAGAGCUCCCUUGACGAGCACGUGGCCACGAUCAGCCGGCUCAGACAGGAGGUGAAGGACACGGUGGACGGACAGCGCAUCCUGGAGAAGAAAGGCAGCGCCACUCUCAAAGACUUGAAGCGGCAGCUGCAGCUGGAGAGGAAGCGGGCGGAUAAGCUGCAGGAGCGGCUGCAGGAGAUCCUGACCAACAGCAAGACGCGGACGGGGAUCGAGGAGCUGGUUCUGGCCGAGAUGAGCUCCCCCAGCCGGGUGCAGACGGGCGACAGCAGCAGCAUCUCGUCCUUCAGCUACCGGGAGAUCAUGAAGGAGGGGUCGGGGCCCGGCAGCACCAAGUCCAACACGGGGAGCCCCCAGUCCCAGCGCCCCGCGGACCUGUCGGACGAGGAGAUCUCGGAGCUCUUCCAGCGCCUGGCGGAGAUGCAGCAGGAGAAGUGGAUGCUGGAGGAAAAGGUGAAGCACCUGGAGGUGAGCAGCGCCUCGAUGGCGGAGGAUCUGUGCCGGAAGAGCGCCAUUAUUGAGACCUACGUCAUGGACAGUCGCAUCGACGUGUCGGCGGCCCACGGGCCCCUGGACCGCAGCACCCUGGGCAGCGUCCUGCGGGACCUGGUGAAGCCGGGCGACGAGAACCUGCGGGAGAUGAACAAGAAGCUGCAGAACCUGCUGGAGGAGCAGCUCACCAAGAACAUGCACCUGCAGAAGCACCUGGAGGUCCUGUCCCAGGAGAUCGUGCGGCUCAGCAAGGAGUGCGUCCCCCUCCGCCCGCCCGCCCCCAACGGUGCUGACCCCGGCGGGGCCUGCUGACCCCCCACUGCACCAGGGGGUGGGGCCAGGGGCAGGACCUGCCUGUUCCCAGGGCACCCCCUGCCCUUGCUUCCAGCGCUGCCCCCCACCUGGCCAGCAGCUUCCUGCCCCCCUCCCCCCCGUACAUUGUGUGGGGGCAGGACCUUUAACCCUUCGCCUCCUUCCUCGCCCUCCCAACUCCAUUGAUGGUUCAUUGUCCCCCGCCCCACAGCUCUGCCCCAUCUGUCUCUAGCCCCUCCCAGCCGGCGGGGGGCCCUGCCCCCACCUGAGCUUCCCCCCCCCCCCCCCCACUGCCCAUCUUCCCCUCCCCUCCAUCCUCUGGGUACCGGAACCCCUUCUCCCCCAGCCCAGAUCCUGCCCCUUUCGAGCUGCAUGCCACCCCCCCGCUGCCACCCCCAGACUUUAUCCCUGGAUCGGGGGCCUUGGGGGGCAGGUCACCAGCCCUCUAAGAAGCAGGGGAAAGAGGCGAGGUUUCGUGGUGCGACCUCCGCUGGCAGGAGGGGGAACCGCGGCCUCGUUCCCCCGGGGCCCCAGCAGGGGAAAGCGGGGGGCGCUGGGAGGUGGGGCUGAGCUAGCAGGGGCUGGGGGUCG